AUGAGUGGCGAUACAAGAUUGAAAAAGAAGCGGAGAGGCGGCCCGCGCAGUAGAACAGUAUGCGGGAAUUGCGAGCGUCUCAACCUCGACUGCGAGCUAUCCGAGGAGAUCGUAUGGGCUACUCCUCGUGUCGAUACAACACCGGACGAACCAAACAAUGAUGCGCCGCUUCUCGUUGACGUGUUUAGGACACGAAUGAAUGAUCUUGACCUUCCUGAAAACUCUUUGUCAAAUCAGAACUACAUACCUGCUAAUGGAGUCACGACAGCAGGUUCCGACGAAGCGAACGGUCCGAAGAAGCUGGUCCUCAGAUCGCCGCUUCUGUUUCACUGUGUAUGCGCCUUUACCGCCAACUAUCUUGCCCUUUCCAAUUCGAGCCAUGAUCCUUCUUGGCAAGUCACAGCUUCCAAGCAUUAUGGCGAAUCGUUGCGCCUACUCAUAGAAGCUUUGAGCAUGCCUUCGCACGAACAUGCGCUUACCGCAAGUAUGCUGCUCUUGAGCUACGAAAUCCACGGAGCUUUGCGCUCUGAAGACUAUCGGCGACACUUCCUAGGCCUUACAGUACUAAUCAAAUCACGACAUGUUACUGCACAGUCAAGCGGCACUGAUCUGGCCAACUUCUGGAUCUAUAUCCGACACGAGAUCGUUGUAGCUAUGGCUAGCGAGCAGCCUCUGGUACUAGACCCUGCAGAGUGGGAGGUGUCCUGGGUAGAGGGUGAGACUAGAGAAGAUGUUUUGGGAAACCACAUGCUUUGGAUAUUAGCGCGAGUUCUCAAUCUCAUUUUUGGACCAGAUGGACGAACUGAAGCAGGUAAAGAGCAGCGCCAAAGCUUCCUGCACGAGAUCGAAAUGUGGCGAAGGGGACUUUCUGACACGUUUGUUGGUAUUUCAUACGGGGAGAAAGACGAAGAUGGCUUUGGCAAAGUAUACUUCCCAGUGGCGGCCGCAGCCGCCACAGCGUUUUGGUAUCAUAUAACACAUAUUCUGCUCUAUGCAGAGCCGGAGCUUCAAGACGAGGCCUACAUUCCUCUGAUUCAAGAGCAGGCUAUGGAGAUAACCGACAUAGCAAUAUCAGAUUUCCCCCCAUCGCUGAUGGUAUUCUCUACGCAUGGUCUUUUCUAUGCGAAACGCCGCGAAACACAUCCAUGGGAUCUCAAGAAAGGCGCGUAUCUGGAACGUCUUGAACGAGGUUGA